CUGUUAUUGCCAGGCAUGUGAGAUUGAAGCAGAAGAGAUUACUAAGGGUAAGGGGCAUAUCUGGGAGGAUAGACGUGGAGUUUAUGUCCCGUGUUUGUCUGUCUGCAUGAUGUCUGUGCACCACGUGAGUGCAGUGUCUGCAGAGGCUCCAUGAGGGCAUUGGAUCCCUGAGCCGCAGUUACACAGGUGGGUUGUUACCUACCGUUAGGAGUGCUGGGAGCCAAAGUCUGGUCCUCGGGGGCAGAGAGAGCGGGCCCUAGCUGCUGAGGCAUCUCUUCAGCCCCACAUUUCCUGUUCAUUAAAUUAAUUUGCUCUUUGACAGUUGUGUAUAUAAAUGCCUUCAGUUACUGGUGCCACCACCACCACAGGUCAGUAUUCCUUAUAAAACCUGUCUUGCUGGAGUUCUUUGGUGCCAGCUGCGGGUUUUGACAUGGCGUUUCACUGAGUUGCUUGGGCUACUCGUGAAUUUCCUCUCACAAAGCAGAUAUAAAUGUAAUGCCAGGAGAUGCCUCCAUCCACCACAUAAAAAAGGACAGUCAGGCCUGCCCUUCUGCCCAGGGCUACUCACCCUGUUGGGUGCUUAGAGCCACCUCUCUGAGCUGGGAUGCAGGGGCAUUGAUCACAUACACAGGAUUAUGAUAGACUGGGGAUGUGCCACUGUGUCCUGCAGGUGAGAGACACCCAGUGCAGCUUUGUCUUGGUGCCGCCAUAACUGCAGCUCCCCUUCGGGAGCCUCGGCCUUCGACCUUUGUAGAGGUUGUCUCUGUGAAUGUGCGUGGGUCAUGCUGCUGGGUAGUGGUUCCCAGGGGUGAACAGGAGAGGGCAUGCUGUUUGUGGUGCAGGAGCUGUGUGUGCUUGUCAGAUCGCGAGGGUUUGGAAUUAAAAAUACUUUCCGCUCGUACUCUCCAGUAAGUUAGCCCAUUUUAGGGUAGCAGGUGAAGUUUCUUCUCCGAGACAGAGCAGUUCUCUAUGAGCUCUGCAGGCCGCAGGGCUCCAUCCAGGUAGGUCUCUUGCUUCUGGACUCAACACCCUCAGCCAAAGGUUGGGUCACAGAACCAGCACAAAAGGCAGAAACAAGAGGCUAGUUCCGAGCAUCUGAGAAACAUUUGCUGAAUGAAAAGAAGGUGACAGCUGUUCCCGGUGCUUUGUGACUGGUGCGGGAUGGCUUUCAUAUGUGUCGUCAAAGUGCGUUGGGGGGAGCAGGGAGCUGCUGGCGAGUAACAGCUGUUUAUAGUGAACGCUGCUUUGAAAGGCCGGGCUGGGGUUUAUUCAGUCCUGCCCUGUUGGCGAGUGGGUCUCUCUGUGAUCUCUUGGGUCUCCGAGCACCUGAUUACCAAAGGAAGUAAGAAGGGGAGCCUAGGGCUGGAGUGUUUGGGAGCAAAAGGAAGCAGUGGGGUCAAAGGUCAGGGAUCAGGGCAUAGUCAGGGUAGGAGUUGUAUAGUUGGUGUUUUCUGAGUGUGGCUCAACGCUGUGGGCAAUGGUGUUUAGGUGUGCCGAACAGAGGGCAGGGUGUCUGCCAGAGGAGGCAGGAUUGGCCAGGGGUUGGACACAGAGAGGACCCAGAACCUAUGGGCUUGAUGAGUCCCUAGGGCAGGGAGGAGGGAGAUUCAGCCUUGGCUGACUAGCCAGUCACUCAUUUUUGCAGGCCAGUAGACCUAGAGCCAAGUGGCUCACUGUGGCAGCAGACCCAAGUCUGAUUUUCCACAGCAUAGCUUUCUACCAGUGGUUUGCUGGACAGGGUCUUGUUCAGGUCAGGGUGUGAAUGCCCCAAGGCUUUGAGGGACAUCACGACAGCAGGGCAGACAGGUCAGUGGGGCCAACAAGGUUUGAAGGAGGCAGCCAGGCCCUGUCCAGCAGUUGUGCAGGCAUGAGGCAGCCAGUGCUGCUGCUGUCCUGGAGCCAGGGAGUUGCCUCUGGAACUUAAGCGUGGGAUGAUUCUGGUAGGUGAUUUGUUAACUGAAUGAAAUGUGACUGGAGUUUUGCUGGGAGGAGAACUCUGGGGAUGCUGCUGCUCCCUGCUGCUUAUGACCUCCCUGCCUUCAGCACACCUCAGAUACUCAAUGCUUUACAGUCUAUAUCUCAGGGCACAUAACCCACUUCUUCCUUAAGCGCAGCUGAGACUGAACCCCUGCUUCACAGUUAAGACCCUGGAAGGUCAUGUCCAUCCUCCUAACCCAUAUCCCCAGAUGCCUCCUUGUCUCAUAGGGACUGGCCUGCUCUUUUGUGAGAAUCAGAUCUAUGCCCACAUCCCUUAAAGGCUCUGAGGAACCCUGAUUGGCAGAAAGGAUGGUUAGCAGCUGCCCCCAGCCUUUAGGCUGUCUUGGAGAUGGAAAUACAGUAAGGAGGUUGUCACUGGGAAAUGAUGUGAGAGGCCAUUGGAAGACCUGGAGGCACCAUGCUGCUACCUUAGGUAGGCCAGGCCUCUGCACACCUGCCUCAGCCUAAGAAGACUUCUUUCUGGGCUCCCUGAGAAAAUGGGGCUUUGUGGUGUGUGGGGUUAUAACUCACAUGGCUACAGCCAGUGUGACUUCCCCCGGCUCCCUAGAACUGCUGCAGCCUGGCUUCUCCAAGACCCUCCUAGGGACCAGGUUGGAAGCCAAGUACCUGUGUUCAGCCUGCAGAAACAUCCUGCGGAGGCCUUUCCAGGCCCAGUGUGGGCACCGCUACUGCUCCUUCUGCCUGACCAGCAUCCUCAGGCCUUUCCGGAUAACGCUGCCCGCAGAGAGGUGGAGAGCCUACCAGCUGUCUGUCCCAAUGAUGGAUGCACCUGGAAGGGGACCUUGAAAGAAUAUGAGAGCUGCCAUGAGGGACUGUGCCCAUUCCUGCUGACUGAGUGUCCUGCGUGUAAAGGCCGGGUCCGCCUCAGCGAGAUGGAACACCACACCAAGCAGGAGUGUCCCCAGAGGAGCCUGAGCUGCCAGCACUGCAGGGCACCCUGUAGCCAUGCGGACCUGGAGGUACACUAUGAGGUCUGCCCCAAGUUUCCCUUGACCUGUGAUGGCUGUGGCAAGAAGAAGAUCUCUCGGGAGAAGUUUCAGGACCACGUUAGAGCAUGCAACAAGUGUCGAAUUCUCUGCAGAUUCCACAGCGUCGGCUGUUCAGAGAUGGUGGAUUCUGAGAACCUGCAGGAUCAUGAGCUGCAACGGCUGCGGGAACACCUGGCCCUCCUGCUGAACUCCCUCCUGGAGUGCCAAGCCUCACAGGGAGCCCUGGGCCAGGUGGGGCCAGAGCUGCUACAGCGGUGCCAGAGUUUGGAGCAGAAGAUAGCCACCUUUGAGAACAUUGUCUGCGUCUUGAACCGUGAAGUAGAGAGGGUAGCAGUGACUGCAGAGGCUUGUAGUCGGCAGCACCGGCUAGACCAGGACAAGAUUGAGGCCCUGAGUAACAAGGUGCAGCAGCUGGAGCGGAGCAUUGGCCUCAAGGACCUGGCCAUGGCUGACCUGGAACAGAAGGUCUCAGAGUUGGAGGUAUCCACCUAUGAUGGGGUCUUCAUCUGGAAGAUCUCUGACUUCGCCAGAAAGCGUCAGGAAGCUGUGGCUGGCCGGACACCUGCUAUCUUCUCCCCAGCCUUCUACACAAGCAGAUAUGGCUACAAGAUGUGUCUGCGGGUCUACUUGAAUGGCGACGGCACUGGGCGGGGAACUCAUCUGUCUCUCUUCUUCGUGGUGAUGAAAGGCCCCAAUGAUGCUCUCUUGCAGUGGCCUUUUAAUCAGAAGGUAACACUGAUGUUGCUGGACCAUAACAACCGGGAGCAUGUGAUCGACGCAUUCAGGCCUGACGUGACCUCGUCCUCCUUCCAGAGGCCUGUCAGUGACAUGAAUAUCGCCAGUGGCUGCCCCCUCUUCUGCCCUGUAUCCAAGAUGGAGGCCAAGAAUUCCUAUGUGCGGGAUGAUGCCAUCUUCAUCAAAGCCAUUGUGGACCUGACAGGGCUCUAGCCACCCCUGAGAAGGGCAGCUCAGUGAGGAGCUGCCACAUCAGGCAAGGGUGGGCAGGCUUGGUGUGGAUGCUGGGGAAGGCCCCAGCCUAAGCCAGUCACCAUCACACAGAAGGGCAGGAAAGAGCCUCCAGCUGGUCCUCAACUGGGAAACUGAGUUGGAAGGUCCACUGAGCUCAGGGUCCUGGUGAAGCCAGCUGGGGGUCUAUCUGCUCAGCUUUCCAGUAGAGAAGCGCCUGCUGUCUCUUCUGUCUGGGGAAGCGAGAGACCCUUGGGUGGGUUCUCAGGGCCUCUCAAGAGAGAGCCUCAAGAGCUGCACCAGGAGCAAGAGUAAUUGAUUGGCCUUCCCCCCGGCCUUUGGAAAAGAAGCAGGAGAAGGCAUGCGCCUGCAGAGUGUAGCCCAGGAGAGAAGCUCUCUGAGACAUAGGCACUCACUGGAGAAGGGCCUGCCCGGGCUGCACAGCCCUGCCAGGUGGCCUGUAUGGAGGAGAAGUGAUUAAACUGUUCCGAUGUC